AUGGCUUCAACUGGCCUUGAACUCCUUGGCAUGACCCUGGCAGUGCUAGGCUGGCUAGGGACCCUGGUAUCCUGUGCCCUGCCACUGUGGAAGGUGACUGCCUUCAUCGGCAACAGCAUCGUUGUGGCCCAGGUGGUAUGGGAGGGGCUGUGGAUGUCCUGUGUGGUCCAGAGCACUGGCCAGAUGCAGUGCAAGGUGUACGACUCACUGCUGGCACUGCCCCAGGAUCUGCAGGCUGCCAGAGCCCUCUGUGUUGUUGCCCUUCUGCUGGCUUUGCUGGGGCUGCUGGUGGCUAUCACGGGUGCCCAGUGCACCACAUGUGUGGAGGAUGAAGGUGCCAAGGCCCGAAUUGUGCUCACUGCAGGGGUCCUCCUCCUCCUCUCAGGCAUCCUAGUGCUCAUUCCUGUCUGCUGGACAGCCCAUGCCAUCAUCCAGGAUUUCUAUAACCCUCUGGUGGCUGAAGCCCUCAAGAGAGAGCUGGGAGCCUCCCUCUACCUGGGCUGGGCAGCGGCUGCACUACUCAUGCUGGGUGGAGGGCUGCUAUGCUGUACGUGUCCCCCAUCCCAUUUCGAGCGGCCCCGUGGACCCAGGCUGGGCUACUCCAUCCCUUCCCGUUCAGGUGCUUCAGGACUGGAUAAGAGGGACUACGUGUGA